AUGUGGUGGCUAAACCCUGGCAAAGAGGUUCUGAACAGGAUAUUCAAUAGAAUCUUGGCCCCGUAUGUCGAGAAUCUGGACAUGAAUCAACUGAACUACGGUAUCGGCCAAGGUCAAAUCACUCUCCGCAACCUGAAGCUCAAGAAAGGCGUGCUCGAUAAAUUGAAGCUUCCAGUCGAUGUCGCGGAAGGACACCUGGGGAAUUUUACCUUGUCUCUACACUGGCUGAACCUCGGAAACCAGCCCGUUGAGGUGCUGAUAGAAGAUGUCUAUCUUCUAGUAAUCCCGUCAGCACAAGCUAAAUAUGAUGCAGCGGAGGAAGCGGAUCGGAUGCAUACGCUCAAGAUGGCCCGCGUUAAUGGCCUGGAUGUCAAACCGGACGCCAAAACAGCUAAAAUACAGGGCAAUGAUGCGGACGAACGGCAGUCGCAAGGCCUUAUCCAAGCGAUGAUGGCCAAAAUUAUCAACAACGUGCAGAUAACUGUCAAGAACGUUCAUAUCCGAUACGAAGACAAGCUGAGCGUGCCGGGGCAUCCGUUCGCCGUGGGCGUUACCUUGGCUGGUUUCACCGCGUACUCUGUGAACGAGAACUGGGAGCCUGCCUUCAUAGAAGGCUUCGUCAGGACCGUACACAAGCUGGGGCAACUGCAAUCAUUAGCUGUUUACUUCGAUACCGAUACGCCGAGCUUGGCCGGACUUUCUCCAGCGGAGGCCAUGAAGAAGUUUACUGAAAUGAUCAGCACAGAGGAUAAGUCAGGCGAACAUCAGUUCAUCCUUAAACCUAUCUCCGGUGAAGGAAGGAUGACGAUCAAUAAACGGAUCAGCAAAACGCGUCCUAAAUAUGACAUUCAGCUGUCGUUUGGCGAAGUCGGUUUCCGACUGGAUGAACACCAGUAUCGUGAUACGAUUUCGUUAAUUGAAAUGUAUCAUUUCUAUGUUCGGCAGGUGCAGUAUCGAAAAUACCGGCCCAAGGAGGAAGUAUUUGCUCAAAACAGCGCCAAAGCACGAUUUCGCUUUGCGCUGGAUGCGAUUAGUGACGGUGUUCAUGAGCAUAACAAGACGUGGACAUGGGAAUAUUUCGCCGAACGUCGCGAACGACGCCUUCGUUACAUCGAGCUCCACCAGAAGCGACUUACAGGUGCACACACGCCAGAGGAGCUCGAAGAGAUCGAUAGCUUGGAAAGAAAGCUUUCUUACGAGGACAUUCGCUCCUACCGCUCUAGGGCAGCGAGCGAACUAGCCCGGGACAAAGGGCUACGACGAAGGUUACUCGACGACAAGAACAAGCGGGAAGCGCAGAAUCAAGGCUGGGUGGGCUGGCUUCUUGGCACGGGUACAACCCAGCAGCCAGAAGAAGAAUGGGACCCAGAGCGUGACGGUGCUCCCACGCAGGCCAUGUGGGAGGAACUUACAGGAGACCCGAAUUUUGGAAAGCCUGAGGAAGAAUUCGAGAUCGAGGCAGAUGACCCCUCUGGGGCUCUUCCGCGGAACUUGUUGCAGCUUACGGCCGGUGCACACCUGAAGAAGGGCACGUUCUCGCUGCAGCUCGACCCGUGCGGCACACCGAAGGAUAUUUUGUCGAUUGUCUUCGAAAAUUUCCGUGCCACUGGGAUACAGCGGCCUGAUAAUAUCGAGGCCUCUGUUGCACUCGGUAAUUUCAGUGUAUAUGAUUACACAGCUUCUGGGACGCUUUACUCUCAGAUUGUUCAAGUGAAGGAUGUACAGAGCGACGAAAAGGCGAUUACCUCCAAGUCGGGUAGCGAGGACGAAUCUUUCUUUUUCUUCAAAUUCGAAAAGAAUCCUUUAGAUGAACGUGCCGACAACGCUCUCACACUCCGCCUGCGACCUAUGGAAAUUGUUUACAAUAGAGGGUACAUCGAGGCCAUCUACAAGUUCUUUAAACCGCCAGCCAGUCAACUGGAAUCCGUUGAAGCAUUGCUCAACGCGGCGAGUGAGAAUUUGGAGGCUUUCCGAACUCAAAGUCGCGCCGUACUGGAGUAUGCAUUGGAGACCUCGAAGACACUGGAUAUACAGGUCGACAUGAGCGCGCCCAUUAUCAUCAUUCCCGAAAGCAUCACUACUACCCAAUGCAAACACUUGAUUGUCGAUGCUGGGCACAUCGCUAUCGAGAGCGAGCUGGCCGACCGCCAAGCCAAUAAACGGACUAUCAACGCCAAACGCAAACAAGCUUACACGGAGCACGAUCAUAAGGAGCUCGAAUCUAUGGUAUACGACAAAUUCAAGUUCAGGUUGGAAUCCGCGCAGUUCAUUCUCGGCGACGACCUGGAAUCUUGUCGGCAUGCACUCAUAGCUCAAUCGAGAGACACCUUACAUCUCCUGGAGCGGACUAACCUUGAAUUCCAAGUGCAAAGCUCUAUUGUGCCCGCUGCUCUUAACAUCACGCGCUUUAAAAUCGUUGGCAAACUACCUAUUUUACACCUCAAUUUCUCGGACACGAAAUAUAAGGCCCUUAUGCGCCUGAUUGACGUCUGCAUGCCCAAUUUCCCCACAGAGGACGCCCCGCUGUCGGUCCCCUCGGGACCAGAGACGGGAUUUCAAUUCAACAAGAAGUUCUUUCCCAGCGAAGUUGGAAAGGAGUAUCAUGUUGAGGAACUUCCGGAUUUGGAAUCGAGUGACCAAGAAUCACAGGUCGGGCGUGAAAGCGGUCAGGACAGCUCAGAUCCUUUGGCGUUGCAUCAUCAUGUCUUCGAGUGUGACUUCAGAGUCGAUGAUCUACGGGCUACUAUAUCAAAAUCUACUGGGCGGAAUACGGAGAGACCUUUGGGAUCUAUAGCGUUCCAAAGGUUUGCUAUGUCUAUUGCCCAAGCCAAGUUCGACAUGAAAGUAGACAUCAGCUUAAGGUCUAUUGCUAUGGACUUGAUACAGCCGGACGACAAACCUUUGAAACUAAUUUCGUCCAGCGAUCAAGAUGAGAACCAGGAAGGUGACCUACUUACGAUGACUUACAACAGAGCGCAGAAAGCCUCGCCGGAGUUCAUCUCUAUUUUUGAAGGGAUAGAUCAACAUGUGGAUAUCAAGCUCUCGACAUUCAUAUUCCGGGCAGCGCCUGAAGCUGUUAUCUCACUAUACGACUUCAUCAUGUCUACCUUCGUGGCCCAAGCGUCUCCUAUCACCCCGCAAUUACAGGCCGAGUUGAGUUCCCCGCAGGUUGACGAGAAGGCAAUCACCCAGCAAGCGAAGAAGGAGAAGAUUCGUGUGCUAGUUACGUUGGCCAGUGCUCAGGUUCGCUUCAUCCACGGCAUCGAGAGCUUCGCCACGCUCUCCUUGUCCACCGCAAAUGUUGCCGUCCUCCUUCAUCCCACUACUAUGGAGAUCACCGGGAAACUCGGUAACCUUGCUUUGAGUAAUGACAACGUUCACAGCGCUCUUCCGAACUUCAAGGAUAUCUUGUCUAUCGAGGGGGAGAACUUCGCUGAAUUCAAGUACGAAACAUUCGAUCCGACUGCGGAAGAUUACAGUGGCGUCAAAUCGUUUGUCUAUCUCAAAUCAGCUUCAAUGAAGUUAUACUUCAUUGAGCAGCCCCUGCAUGACCUCUAUAUGUUUACCACAAAGCUAGCUCAGUUGAAAGGAUUGUAUGAUGCUGCGACACAAGCUGCCGUUCAGCGAGCCUCCGAGAUCGAAAGGAUGAAGUUCGACAUUUCCAUCAGCACGCCCAUCCUUAUUUUCCCAUCCGACCCGCUGAACAGCCAGGACACCCUCGUCAUGCGCCUGGGAGAGAUGAGAGCAUCAAAUGCCUACGAUGGUUCCGACCAACAGCUGAAUGCCAGCCUUCAAGGAGUACAACUGGCCUCGCACCUUUAUCAUGAUGGCGAAGUUUCAACGCUGAAGAUGAUUGAUGACAUCAACAUCAAGGCCGAAAUGCUGCAGAGAUUGGGUGUAGAGUACAGUAAAGAUACUGACUCGCCUGAAACUCAGCUCUCAGUGAACAUAUCGGAUAUCCGUCUACAUCUGACACAGGUUCAAUACAAGCUACUCUUCCAACUGUCUCAAGCAGUUCCUCGCAUCUUCUCUGGGCCCUUUGAUACGGACGCAAAUGAUGCCUUGUCACAUGCUGAGGCGUCCCAAGCAUCUCCUAUAGCCGAUUCCGCUGUCGCCUUCCACCCAGAGCCUCGUCCUACAACCACAUCGUCCAGUCAAACCAUAAGGUCAAAACUUGAUUUAGUUGUCAUCGUGGACGCCAUCAAGCUGCACCUGUACGACGCUAAGGCAACAACCCCGUCCAACAUCAAAGACCAUGGAAUCGCGAGAUUCGCGCUGAAGGGUAAUUCGCUGCGCUUCAAGAUGCUCUCCAACGGAUCGGGAGAAGCUCAAGUUGUCCUUCAGUCAUUUACUAUCACGAAUACUAGGCCGGGGAACUCUAGAUUCAGGGAGAUUAUCCCCGCUUCACACCACAACCGCAACCAGUUCAUGCUGCUGUACACAAUGUCUGGUGGAGAUACCCCUACAUCUCUCGCUGUUCUGACUGUAGAUGCACCUCAAAUCAUCUUCUCGAUCGACCCUGUCUUCGCCUUACUCGAUUUCGGUCUGAGUGCCUUCCCGCCACAGGAAGAUAAACAAGUAGCAUCUAGUGCUGUAGCCCCUCAGGCUGCUCCUCCACGUAGUGGCAACGCCGGCGCCUUUGACUUCCGCCUCGACCUUCACGAUGUGUCCAUCAGUGUCCUCGCGGACGAUACGGACCCUGAAUCACAGUCCAUUAGAUUAGCCAUUGAACACAUUCUAAUAGCGCAGCAGGGCAUUCUUGCACUCACCAUAAACAAAUUGGGCAUGUCUUUAUUACGUAUGGGUAAAGACACGGAAAACGUCCGCUUCCUCGACGACGUCGACUUAACUCUGUCCUUGGAUUCUCGGUCAUCAUCCGCACAGCAAUUAUCUAGCAUCGAAAUCACCUCCAAACCAAUUGUCCUUCGUGCAUCUUAUCGCGAUAUCACCCUCAUUAUGAGUAUAGUAAACAAAGCGAUAGCUAUGUAUACCAACUCCUCGGGUAAUUCAUCGACCAACUCUCAAACCUCUAAUUCAGCAUUCAAUGAGUCGACUACGUCGCUGGCAAUGGUGCGGGCACCGGAAUCCGGUAGUCGGGAGCCCGUUGGACAGGCUAACGUAGUAACAUCGAAGGAGCAGCUUUCAGGAUCUAUCGAUGGGUUCAGACUUAUUCUGAUCGGGGAUAUGCAUGAACAACCAAUGCUGCAUUUGAAAGUAAAGCCUUUCAUCCUAGGCGCGAAGGAUUGGUCUGGAGAGCUUCAAGCGACCACGACUAUUGCUGCGCAAAUCAACUACUGGAACAUGGCAAACUCGCACUGGGAGCCUUUGAUCGAUCCUUGGUCGUUUACACUUUCGGUCCGCCGUAAUGUCCCUUCCCAAGGCUUGAACUUGAAAAUGUCAUCCCGCGAGCGACUGGAUGUCAACCUUAGCGCAGCAUUCGCCGAACUUGUCGCCACUACCUGGAAGAUGUGGGGUAAAGAAGGUGACCGAGUCCUUCAGAGAGCUCGCGGUAGCUAUGCGCCAUAUCGCAUAUGGAACCGCACAGGGUACCCAAUUUCGGUUUGGGCUGCUCCUGAUGCUACUGCUGGCAACAAACACUCUGCACGAGUUCCUAGUCGCACGAAAAUAGCUCACGGACAGACGGUGGACUGGAGAUUUGGUGACUGGCAAACGCAAAGAGAGCACGUUUCUUCAGACCAAAAUCAUCUUGGUAUCGGGUUCGAAAAUAAACCCUGGGACGAGUUACGUGUCCCUGUCGAUAGAGAGGGGGAGUGUGUCUUUCCCCUGCAAAGAGCCGACAGACAUUCACAUCGGCUCCUGUGCGAGAUCAAAGUUGAAGACACCGUGAAAGUCGUUGUGAUUAGAUCCACAUAUCAGAUUGAAAACCAGACGCUGUACCCUCUGGAACUGACCUUGGUCGACCAAACCGGACAUCCAGUCUCUUCCAUUGAGAAGAUUCCACCCGGAUACGACUACGCCCUCCCGAUUGAAACUGUGGGGAAAACCAAAGUCAGAAUUCAACCUGACCAGGGCUUUGGGUACAAAUGGUCUUCGGCUAUACGUUGGGAGGAUCUGAUAGCCAGAAAGUCGUUCACUAUCCGGUGCCCGCAUACUGACCCCAAAGAAGCUGCGUUUCGCUUUCAAGCAUGGGCACAAACAAGCGGCGACGAUACUCAGUUUAAGAAGAUCCCUAGGAUUCAGCUGAAGUUGCGCGCACCACUGGAGUUAGAAAACUUAUUGCCAUAUAACCUUCAAUAUCGCGUCUACGACAAGGAUACAGACCAGAACUGGCGGAGCUACUUACGCAAAGGCGGAAUAAUGCCAGUUCAUUGCGUAGAACUCACUCAUCUUGUCUUACUCAACAUAGAAGUUCAAGACACUGUCUUCAAACAGAGCGACUUUGCGAUUGUCAAUACAGACGGCAACUCAGAUUUCGAUAUUGAAAAGCGACUUACUCUGCGUGAUCCGCAGGGACGUAAGCUCGAGCUCAAUUUGAACUACGUGCGAUAUCCGGACUCCGGAGGGGCAUUCAAAGUUCAAAUUUACAGUCCGUUUUUGGUGAUCAAUAAAGCUGGAUUACCGUUCUUUGUCAAGUCCACGCGUAUAGGCCGUGCUGGUCCUCCUGCGGAGGCCGCUGGGGAUACAUCUCUAGAUGUACUCAGCUCUACGCAACCUUUCAUGUUGUCCCAUCCUCAGAAUCACGCCCACGAGUUUACUUUCAAAGUGGGAGACUUCGCCUGGUCCAAGAUGAUCAGCCUGGAAGCGCCUGCCGCGGAGACUGCCCUCGUCAUGCCCUCCAAAAAUAGAAAGGAGGAACUUCAUAUAGGUCUUGCUUGGGCAGAAGGGCUUGGUAAGUACAAGUUGACAAAGGUUAUUACAAUUACGCCUCGGUUCGUCUUGAAGAAUGCCUUGAACGAGGCCUUAUGGGUUCGCGAGCACGGAACUCCCACCAGCACACAGCUUGAACCCGGUCAGCGGCGGCACCUCAAUACACUGCGAGCUAGCCAAGAGCAUCUCCUCGUAGUAGCUACUUCCCCACGACAAGGCGACGACCGUUGGUCCCCACCGUUUAACGUUGAAGAUAUCGGUCCAGUGCACCUUCGCAACCCUGGGAAGAGUGGUUUGAUUCGCACUGACAUUCAAGUCGACGGUUCGACGAUCUUCGUGACUUUUGCGGCCGCGGGUAACGACUGGCCGUUCGUAAUAGAAAAUCGCACGGACUUAGCUUUUGUUGUUUCUCAGAAGGACGAACGCCCUCCCAAGAAUCCGGUACAGGAGUACACCGUACAACCACACACCACCAUAUGCUACGCAUGGGAUUAUCCUGCUGCCCGAGAUAAGCAAAUACUGCUUACCGUGGGGCAGAAACGUCGAGCCGUUGAUAUUAUGGAAAUCGGCGAUUUGCUACCCUUCAUGCUCACUCCUCCCGGAGGCAGGACAGCGAAGGGCGUUUCCCUGGAUAUCAGAGCGGACGGGCCCAAACAAAUCCUACGGAUAACAAAGUACAAUCCAGAUAGAAGCAUCUAUAAACCUAAGCGUCGAGGAUCAACAGCGUCUAUACGCCAGCAAGAGGGCAUCGAGGCCUUCCAAAUAGACGCUCAGGAUACGACGCCGUCCUUGGCUAUCGCGCUCGACUUGGCAGGCAUUGGUGUAUCGUUGCUGAAUCGAAAGUCGCUGGAAGUCUUAUACAUCUCCGUCGACAAUUUGAGCUUUGGUUACACCGACAGCCCUGCCGCUCAAGAAGUCCAUCUGGCAGUCGGCGCUUUCCAAAUCGACAAUCAACUACAUGAUGCGAUCUACCCAGUAGUACUACAGCCAACUCCCGUCAAGAAAGAAAGUAGCGCUGUUGCUGCCCUUCCCACUAUUCAGGCUUCCGUUGCCCUGCUGAAAGACCAAGCGCACGGUGUACUGUACAUCAAAUACUUCUCCGUCCUUCUGCAAGCGCUCACUAUUGAAGCGGACGAGGACCUCCUCUUCGCCCUCUACGAUCUCAUCCAAAUCAAGGGUGUCUCAUGGGAGGAAGAUACUGUCGAUAUCCUAAUCAACGAGCCCGCGGAUAUUCCCGAACCUCAAGCAACAGCUGUUGGACAAGUCCUGUAUUUUGAAGUCCUUGAACUACAACCGAUCAAGCUGUCUCUGUCGUUUAUGCGAACCGGGCGCGUUAACAGUGACGAGAAAUUGAGUUUACGAAACCCGCUGGCUGUUGUCUUAAACGCCCUGACCAUGACUGUCGGGAACAUCAAUGAUGCACCUGUCGAACUCAACGCGCUGGGCAUCAAGGAUAUGCGUCUUACGCAGCCGGAGUUGUUGAACAGGAUUAUGUAUCAUUAUAGACAAGAUGUUCUACGUCAGCUCUAUCGAAUACUCGGUUCGGCGGACUUCAUAGGUAACCCAGUAGGCCUAUUCACAAACGUUAGCUCUGGCGUGGCGGAUAUCUUUUACGAACCGUUCAAUGGAGUCGUAAUGCACGGCAACAAGGAGCUAGGCAUUGGUAUCGCCAAGGGCGCGGCCAGCUUCGUCAAAAAGACUGUGUUCGGCGUAAGCGACAGUGUCACUAAAAUAACUAGCAGCGUGGGCAAAGGCCUCUCCGCUGCUACUUUUGAUUCUGAAUAUCAGGCUCGGCGUCGUAUGACUCAGAGAAGGAACAAGCCCCGACAUGCUAUAUAUGGCGUCGCGGCUGGAGGCGAAGCCUUCGCAAGCAGUGUAGCGAGCGCGAUGGAAGGAGUACUGAUGAAACCAAUUGAAGGCGCUGAGAAUGAAGGAGCACUAGGAUUCUUCAAGGGAGUAGGCAAAGGAUUGGUAGGCGCCGUAACCAAGCCAGUCGUUGGUGUGUUUGAUUUAGCUUCGAACGUGUCCGAAGGUAUACGGAACACCACUACCGUAUUUGACAACCCCGCACGAGACCGCUCAAGGCUGCCGAGACUGGUGCCGUCUGACGGUGUUCUGAGCCCUUAUUCUGCUCGGGAAGCUACGGGUCAAUAUUGGAUGCGCGAUCUCGAAAACGGGGUUUAUCGGAAAGAAUCGUAUGUUGCCCACAUCAAUGUUCAUGGAGGCGACAACGUGGUCUUGCUGACUACUUCACGUGUUCUAUCUUUUUGGUCUAACAAACUCAAGCUCGACUGGGACCUUCCCUUCACUCAUGUGGCUGGAGUCACGAUUGAAGAUACAGGCAUUCGAUUCACUCACAAAGCCGGUAAAGAACAGGACAAAUUUGUCUUCAUUCCUGAUAAAUCCUCCCAAUCAUGGUUCUACGACCAGAUAAGUUCGGUAGUACGGAUGCUCAAUUUGCGACGAAAAAUGGACUAG